AUGGAACCAAGUUCUACCAUUCUCUCCGUCUACGAAGCCCAAUUUCGUUAUCGUUACGGCAUUGUGGUGCACAUCAAUGGCAAUGAAGUCUACCGAGAUAACCUCCCUGAAGGACCGAUCACCGCUACCACCACAGCAACCGGAGAGUACAGCACCUACUCCUACCAUUCCAUCAUCCGUCCUGCCUCCGAAAUCGCCUCCACCACGAACAUCCUCGCCGUGGAACUCCACUUUUUCAGCAUCGCAGUGACGUCCCCGGUGCUUUUCAACGCCUUCCUCUCCAUGUAUGCUCACUCUCGGCCGCGCACGAACUGCUUCGUGUAUGCCGGUCUGCUGGACCCCAGCGUUCCUUACUUCGACUUCAACCUGCAGUCGGGCGACGCGAUCAGCCAGCUCCCUGCCUCCUUCGCGUACAGCCUCUCUUCGACGAUGUACGUGAACGGCGUGGCGGUCUGGUAUCCGAGCGACACGACCUCCUCCAUCACGUCGUUCAGCCUGUAUCGGAUCGAAGACGAGAGUGAAGAGCUGCUUCUCGACAUCGACACGCCCUUCUACGUCCCGGGAAUGCUCAACACCUUCACGACCAGCGAAGCUGUCCUCGCCUCCCAGGCGUUCCGACUGAAAGUCGACGGCGUGUCCUCGCUCCCCGCCACGCUGUUCGAAGUGCAGCUCAUGACCUGCUCGCUGGGCACGCUCAGCUCGAUCGCCUUUCCGCAGAGCAGCUACGUGUACGAUAUAUCGCUGGAGGAAGUGGACAUCCACCCUUCGGUGCUGUACAUCACGGACUGCUCGCUCUCUGGAUCGCUUCCUGCGGGAUUAGCGUUUGAUUCUUCGACCUGCACGAUCUCGGGAAUCCCCACGGAGAAUCUCCCGGAAACCCCGUUCACGAUGUCGACGACGUGGAACGGCGGAACGAUCCAAGGCAGCUUCACGCUCCGCUUGACAAACUUCAACAACCAUCGUUAUUUGUUGGUGCGGAAGCGAAGCAUGCAGUAUGCGAACCGCGAGAGCUUCUCGAUCCUAUCGAACGGCGUGGUGGUGGUGAACAGCCCGGCUCUUUCGAACGGACAGCUGCAGGAGUUCGUGUACACGAUCCCGCGUUCUUCGGACGAUCUGUACGAGUUGGUGUUGUAUCACACGUCGUCGCGAUGGUACGCGGGAUCGUGGAUCGAGCUGGUUAACGGCGACGAGACGAUCGUGUUCAAAGGGUUUAUGACGACCGAUCGCGAGGACCACUACUUCUUCUCUCUCUACACGCCGAUCUCCGAUGAGUCUCUCUGGUCGCACUCCACGACCGUCACAUCGAUGGGAUGGUAUCUCCCCGACUACGACAUCUCUGCCUGGGAGUCGAUCACGCUCUCGCAGAGCACUGUGCCCGGAAUCCCGCGGUACUACCGCACAUCCUUCACCGGCAUGGCCUCCAUGGCCGCCUACCACCUCAACUUGAAAUAUCGGUAUGGAAUCAUCGUGUAUGUCGGGGGAUCGGAGAUCUACCGAGACCAAAUCGGCGAUACGGUGGUUCCCAGCACCGUGACGACCAGUCUGCCCGGGUAUUCCAGCUAUGAAGUGCAUCGCGUGGUUCGAAGCGGAAGCGAGGUGAGCAGCAGCUCGGUCAGUCUUGCGUUUGCUCUCUAUUUCCCCUCGCUUUCGUCGAGCUAUUCGCUGGACGCAAUGGUGAUGCUGCACUUGCUCCAUCCGUCCGUUUCGGGAACGUACUGCUAUUUGUACCCCUACGGAACCUCCACUGCGGCGAACACCAACGAUUUCAACGUCAACACGGACGUUACGUUCUCCUCCUUCCCCUAUGCGAUCACCUACACGUUCGAUGGGAGCUUGGAGAUCAACGGACUCAAUUUCAUCUUCAGCUCGAUGGACGAAGCGCCGUCGGAGUAUCGCGUGGAAGGCUAUCGUGGAAAUUCCUGGGUCACGCUGUUCAGCAAGGAGUACCGGCAUAACAAGAAGAACGAUGUGAUCUCGUUCGUGGCAAGCAACACGUACAAGCAAGUGAAGGUCUCCGUGCUCGCUCCGUCGAUGGAGCAAACCGUCACGAUCGCCGAGUUCCAUCCUCUGGUCUGCACGGGAAAUGCGAACACGAUCUCCUACUCGGACUCCAAUCAGAUCCUCUUCGUCGAUCAGAAAGUCCGCAUCGAGCCUACGUUGCUCGGCUAUUUGAACUGCAUGAUCACGCCUUCGCUACCUGCAGGACUCACCUUGGCUUCGGAUUGCACCAUCGAAGGAAGUCCUACCGUUGCAUCGGGAUACACGACCUAUUACGUGACGUCGGGGUCGUAUCAAGGCAGUCUGGUCCUCACGGUGCGCAGCUGUAGCGGAACGAUCGUCAAAUUCGCUCGAACCUACCAGCAAGCGGCGUCCAACGAGGGAUUCGUGGUGAUCAACUCGGUGACCAGCGAUGUGAUUCUCUCCGUUCCGCUCAACUCCCCGAUCGUGGACUACGUCGAGUGGUCCUCGACGCUCUGCUUGACCUCCGCUUCCUACACGGUGACGCUUCUCUCCGCGACCGAUGCCUGGCAGGCCGGAUCGUUCUUGUUCAUCACCUCGAAUCUCCCCAACGGCGAAGAGGACGAACUGCUGCGGAUUCGAGCCGAUUCGAACCUCGACCUUCCCUCUUCGUACAUGUUCUCGACGGAAUACAUCGUCCCCGUCCGCUCUUAUUGGUUCUACAAAAUGGGAUCGCUGCCGUCGCUCUGGUACACUUCGGAUGUCAGCAACUGGGGGCUGAACACGGCCGGGAACUUCCCGUCCUCGUCCAACCAACUUCAGCUGUACAAGACCAGCGCGAUGAUCUCGAGCAUCGACUUCAUCGCUGGAUUCACCAUUCUGAUUCGCCAUCAAUACGGAUAUGUUCUCAUGAUUAACAGCGUGGAGGCUUUCCGAUUCGGCGUGCGUGGGCAGCUCACUUCGUCUUCUGCAGCCACCGAGACAACGCAGCUUUUCUAUCACGCGGUGUCUCUCCCGAUCCGGUUCCUCAAAAAGGGAUCCAAUUUGUUCGCGAUCGCGAUCGUCACGCCUUCGUCCACGAUCCGCACCUCCGUGUUCGAUUGCGCCAUUCGAUUGGAUGCGGGCAACACCAAUCGCGUGUCCUCGUAUAAGCUCACCGCGGUGGGAUCCAACCUCGAAGGCCAGCCGUCUCGAUUCUUCGAAGACACGAGUUCGUUCUGGAUCGGAAACACGCAGUGCAAAUCGAAUUUGCUGGAUAUUACCUUCGCCAAUGAUCGUCGUGAGUGGGUCAGUAGUGUUUUUCUCCGGCGCGCUACCGGAUAUCCGGGCCCCAAACAAAUCGUGAUUUCAGGCCUCGCGGACGGGUCGUGGAACCAAAUUUACUCCACGACGUCUCUCCAGUGGAACAGCGACGGAACUACGAAGAUCACGUUGCCCCAGACCAACCCAAUCGCUUUCAAUUCGCUGCGGUUUAGCGACUUCAGCACGCUAUCGACCUCUGCGUGUCUCUGGAGACUGCAACAAAUCCAAAUCCUCUCCGAGGCCACGCAAGUCAUCCCCACGCUGGAAUAUCCAGAAGCGGGGCUGAUCGUUCUCUACGUGCCCAUCGAGCCAAUCAAGCCCAUCACCACGGGAUUCAACUUCUUUUCCAUCUCGCCCAGCCUGCCGAUCGGUCUUUCUCUCAACCAAACCACCGGAGAAAUCAAGGGCACGCCCAUCGUCGCUUCGGAAAUGACCAGCUACAUCAUUACUGGGAAGCUGAACGCGCAGGACGCGAUGGGGUCCACAACGAUCAUCAGCUUCUCCGUGAUGGUGUGCGAAGAGCCCAGAACGCUCGUCACGUUGCAUAUCCGCAGCAACGAGCCCAAGUUCAUUAUCUAUAAGGACGAUUCGGUGAUUUCGAGCUCCGAAGAGUAUGAUGUCAUGGGGUCGGUUUCGUCUUCGCCCAGCACGCCGCCCUCGACCACGCUCCCGGCCAAUGUGGAGAACCAGCUCUAUUUCUGUCUGGAGCACGCGCAGUAUUCAUUACAUCUCUUCUCGAGCAGUGAAUCGGGCUGGGACGACAACUCCUAUUUCUAUCUGUCGAUCGAUAACAAUCAGUUCAUUUUCGAAUCGGGCUUUCUGAGCGCGGAGACGAUGGUGAUUCCGUUCUCGUCCUUCACGCCCUUCCAAGCCAUGACGACCACGUGGAAGCUCUACAAAUCCGCUCUCUCGACCUCCGCCUGGAUAGAGCGCGACUUCGACGACAAUUACUGGACGCUUUCGAAGGCGGGUGAUAUCGGAUCGUCCAACUCGAUCACGAUCUUCCUCCGCAAGACGUUCGCCCUCCCCGAUCUCUCCUCCUACGCUCUUCUCAACGUGCGCAUCUCCUACAUCGGAGGCGUCGUGGCGUAUCUGAACGGUCGGCAAUGGGCUCGCUUCAAUCUCGUGUCUCCCUUCACUUCCACGACACGCGGAUCGGUCAUUCAUUCAUCCAGCACGCCUUCCUUCUUCCACGUGAUUCUCGCCCAAGCCAGAGUUCGCGAAGACAAGAACGUGAUGGCGUUCGAGGUCCAUCGCGCCAAUGGCGAGUCCACCACCGCUCCCUUCACGUUCGAUGCGACGGGACUCGUUCUGGUAGCGGACUGCUCGAUCGCCAUGGACUCGUAUGUGUCGGUUUCGGGAACUGCUCCCUCGGAAGGCGUCUCGAGCUUCUUCUUCGAUUACGAUCCAUCGACCUACGCAGUGAUCGACAACGGAAGCGGAUCGACGGUCAACUGGGAAGUGGAGAAUCUGGAGGGAACCACCUUCACGUCCUUCGCGAUUCUGGAGCGAUCUGCGCGGUACUCGCUCGGAUUCAGCGUGCGAGCGCGGCAAGCGAGCACAGAGGGCUACACCACGCUGCUGAAUCCCGGGAAUCAGAACCUCCCAGAGCGAACGCGGUCGCAAUGGACGAUGAUCACGAAGAUCAGCACUUAUCGGCAAUUCCGUCUCACGCUGACCAACAUUCUGAACGGAGGAAUCGACGCAGCGAACAUCUACUUGCAGUACUGCAAAGGAGACAUGACGGAAAUGGCGUGGUACUACAAAGUCGCGGAGGGCGAGGUCCCCAGCGAUUGGACGACCAGAGAGUCGCUCGAUUGGCCCCUCACGACCGGCUCGUUCCCCACGGCUUCGAGCGUCACGCAGUACUAUCAGGGCGUCACGAGUCUUCUCUAUCUCCCGUUCUAUCAUCAUAUCCUCAUCACGGUGAACGUCAAGGCCGGAGCCAUCAUCUACCUCAACGGCAACGAGCUGCUCCGCGUCAAUCUCCCUUCCACGGGCGUUACAUCCUCCACCGAAGCGACCAACCAGCACGAGUACGCGACGACCUACAUCAUCGCCGAGCUGAUCGAGCUGGGAAAUGUCCGGCUGGGCGAGAAUUUCUUCGCGGCGGAGAUGCAUCGCUAUCUCCAGAACGAAAACCCGAACAGUUUCUCUCUGUCGGUGGAGUACGUGGAGGACGAUCAGCGCGUCAGCGACGCGGCCGUUGGAAGCACCGAGCCUUCCCAAGACGGAGCCAACGGCUCGCUGUAUCUGUUCGAUAGCAACGUCAACACGGUGACGAUCAUUCCGCACCGCUGCGUGGGUCUCGCGAUCUUCUGGGACUUCGCCACGCGCUACGAGGUCGUGAACAAGAUCGUCAUGACCAACGGGCCCGACCACAACGAGCGAACUCCGCGGGGAUGGAAGUUCUACGGCCGUCGCGCGGGCGAGGACUGGGUUCUGCUGCAGCUGCAGGAGAACGUGACGUUUGCGGGGCUGAAGCAGACGCAGGAGUUCGAAGUGACGAACGUGGACUCGUACAACGCCUACCGAAUGGUCAUCUCGCAGUGCGAGUCGGACACGUUCCAGCUCGCCGAUAUCCAGCUCUAUUCGCACGCCCAGACCGGCAGCUGCGAGGAGAGCGACGACUUCAAGCCCACCGCCAACGGGGACAACGCCUGGCAGGAGGGCGACGGCUGUGACGUGAACUACGACGGCGGCUUCGCGCGGAAGUGCACCAACGGCGAGUGGUCGGACGUGUUUCUGCUCUGCGUGCUGCGAGCCCCGGUCGGCAUUCACUACCCCGAGAAAGCCUUCGAGGUCCGGACCAACCGGCCGAUCGCUCCCAUCGCUCCCGAGAUCAUCGCGAAGGAGUUCACGCUGACGAUCGCGCCCUCGCUCCCGGACGGUCUGGAGUUCAACGCGUCCAACGGCACGAUUUCUGGAACUCCAAGCGUCCUCUCCGCCGCGAAAACCUACACGAUCACCGUCUCCAACGUCAUGGGCUCGCUCGCCACCGUCAUCUCCCUCACCGUCGUCCAAGGCCCCAUCGACUGCCCCGCGGCCGACGGCCUCCCCGCGAUCCUGGACGGCGAGACCGCUCCGUUCGCGUGUCCCGCGUACCACCGCGGCUGGACGAUUCUGCGCUGCGUGACGGGCGUCGUAGGCGUGUUCGAGAACCACUGCACGAUCUCCGACCCGGCCUUCGGCCUGGGCGUCCAAUCGCUCCCGCUCCGCCUCGGCGAAGCGAUCCCCGCUCUGUCCGUCGUGUCGUCCCUCCCUCCCAUGACGUUCUCCAUUGCCCCCGCGCUCCCCGCGGGGCUUUCCUUCGUCGACGGCGUGCUGAGCGGCUCCCUGUCCGCUCUCUUCACCUCCCAGAGCUUCCAAAUCACCGGAUCGCUCGCCGCUGCCACGCUUCGCGACGUGCUCAUCGACCUGAACACCCCUGCCCCGCUUCUCCAGAUCGUUCCUGCCCAGCCCCUCAAUUUCUCCGCUUCUCUCACGCUCUCCGCCCUCCCUUGUCCCCAGGACGCCCUCUUCCCCGAAACGCCCAGCGGAGAAACCGCGUCCAUCACGUCGGAUUGCCCGCCCUUCCACACCGGACAGACCACUCGCUUCUGCCGCUCGGGCGUGUGGGACGAGCCGCAGCGCGUCUGCUCCGUUCUCCCGGUCACCAACUUCCAAUACACGCCCUCCUCGCUCACCGCGCAGGUCGGACAGAGCGUUCAUUACACCGUUCAGUUCACAGGAAUCGUCACUUCCUUCGCCACCGACCCGGCUUUGCCCGCUGGACUCAGUCUUGCCGAGUCUGGCGACAUUGCGGGCGUGGUUUCCGAGCUGCAGGCGUCACAGCUGUACACGAUCCGCGCGAUUUCGUCGGAGAGCGCGUCCCAAACGACGGUGAUUUCGCUGACGGUGGUGGAAGCGGGCUGUCUGCGCGACGACGUGCAGCUGGCGCACGGCGAAACGUUCACGCAGAGCUGCGACGAGACGCACGCGACGUCGUAUGAAGUGAAGUGCGUGAAUGGGGAGUUCGAGAUCGUGAGUUCGACGCCCUGCGCGAUGGCGCCGCCGUCCGAUUUGGCGUACGAAGCCGCGUUCUUCUCCAUCUUCGUGAACACGCCGUUCUCGACGAAUUUCCCCGCGGUGACGGGGCAGAACGUGACGUUCGCGGUGCAGCCGGCGCUUCCGUCGGGGCUGUCGAUCGACGCGACGACGGGAAGAGUGUUCGGGGAGGGGAAAGUGUCGGCCGCGCGGAAAGCCUACACGAUCACGGCGAGGAAUCCGGCGGGAGCGACGACGACGGUAAUCGAGCUGAGCGUUGUGUUCCCGGUGUGCGAGGCGAUGGAGGACGUGGAGGGAGCCGAUGUGGGAGUGAGCGUGGUGCUCCCGUGCAAUGCGUCGUUCAUCGGAGAACAGAUGAUUACGUGUCGAGUGAACGAGAAGGCGGAGGUGGGGUGGAGCGAAGUGCAGGGAUCGACAGUUCUAUAUGGUACUCUUGGCGAUUCUUGUGCUGGCCGUCUUGUCUUUGUUGUUCCUGCUUUGCGCUAUUUGUUGCUGCAAGCGGAAGGGUCGACGGCGACAGCGUAUACCCCCUCCUGA